AUGAAUGAUUGUAGUAGAUUUUUGGUGUUAACUACCAUAAUUCUGCUCUAUUAUUGUUUUUCUUUUUCGUUUGCUCUUGAUGUUUCAUAUGACGAAAAAGCGCUUACAAUUGAUGGGGAACGGAAAAUUAUAAUAUCUGGUUCAAUACACUAUCCUCGUAGCACUCCCGAAAUGUGGCCAUCUUUGAUCAAGAAAGCAAAGGAAGGAGGUCUCAAUGCCAUUGAGACUUAUGUCUUUUGGAAUGCCCAUGAGCCAAUAUAUCGACAAUACGAUUUUUCAGAAAAUUUAGAUCUUGUUAGAUUUAUUAGAGCCAUCCAUGAUGAAGGGUUGUAUGCCAUUUUGCGCAUUGGACCAUAUGUAUGUGCAGAAUGGAAUUAUGGAGGGUUCCCGGUUUGGUUGCAUAAUAUUCCGGGCAUUGCAUUCAGGACUAACAAUGAAGUGUAUGAGAAUGAGAUGAAAAAUUUCACAACUUUGAUUGUUGACAUGGUAAGAGAUGAAGGUCUCUUUGCCUCCAAAGGAGGACCUAUAAUCCUCGCACAGAUUGAAAACGAGUAUGGCAAUGUUAUGUGGUCCUAUGGAAAUGAGGGAAAAUCAUACAUAAACUGGUGUGCUGACUUGGCUCAAUCUUUCCACAUUGGAGUGCCAUGGAUUAUGUGCCAACAAUCGAAUCCUCCACAAGGAAUGAUUAACACAUGCAAUGGUUGGUAUUGUGAUGGAUUCCAUCCUAGUAGCGGCAUUCCGAAGAUGUGGACCGAAAAUUGGAGCGGCUGGUAUAAGGGUUGGGGCCAAAAAACUCCGCACAGAACUGCCGAAGAUCUUGCCUUUGCGGUUGCACGAUUUUUUCAAUAUGGUGGCAUGUUACAAAACUAUUAUAUGUACCACGGUGGUACUAAUUUUGGUAGAGUAUCGGGAGGUCCUUACAUUGCUACAACAUAUGAUUACGAUGCACCCCUUGAUGAAUAUGGAAAUUUGAAUCAACCCAAGUGGGGACAUCUUAAGCAACUCCAUCUCCUCAUUAGAUCAAUGGAGGAUAUCCUCACACAUGCUGUGAUUAGAAAUGUUGAAUAUGGGAAUAUGAUGACAGUAAGCUUUAUAAUUAUGACAAUUGAACCAAAAAAGCUGAUUCCCCUAAAAGUUCAAACGGCUGGGCAUGGACUUCAUGCAUUUGUUAACGGGAAGCACGUUAGAUCUCAAUGGGCCAAAGGUGGGCGCUAUGAAUUCGAUUUUGAAUCAAAGAUUAAAAUGAAAAAUGGAACGAACUUGAUAUCUCUAUUGAGUGUCACUGUUGGUUUGGAAAACUAUGGUGACCACUUUGAUGAAAUAAAAAAUGGAAUUCAUGGUCCGGUGAAAUUGAUGGGUGAUAACAACCAAGUGAAGGACUUGCAAAAUAGUACUUGGACAUACAAGGUCGGAAUCCAUGGUAUAGACAAGAAAAAACUCUACAUGAGGGAAAAUCGGUAUAACCGAAAAUGGGAACUAGAAAAUCUCCCUACAGAUAGGAUGUUUGUUUGGUAUCAGACGACUUUUAUGGCUCCGAUGGGGGAUGAUCCAGUUGUUUUGGAUUUAUUGGGAUUAGGUAAAGGAAUUGCUUGGGUGAACGGCCACAACAUCGGGAGAUACUGGCCAAGUUUUUUUGCUGAUGAUAAUGGAUGUGAUUAUAAAUGUGACUAUCGCGGAACAUAUUCUAAUUCAAAAUGCUUGAGUGGAUGCAACCAAUCUUCACAAAGAUGGUACCAUGUGCCUCGGUCUUUCCUUCAAGACGACGAUAACUUGUUGGUUUUGUUUGAGGAGUUUGGAGGCAACCCUGCUAAUUUGAAAAUCCAAACCGUCACGGUUGGAACAAUUUGUGCAAAUGCUUAUGAAGGGAACAAGUUGGAGCUAUCAUGCCAAGGAGGAACUAUCUCUGAAAUCAAAUUUGCUAGCUAUGGUAAUCCAAGAGGUUCUUGUGGAUCUUUUGAAAGAGGAACUUGUGAAUCUCCUAACACUACAACGAUCAUCGAAAAUGCAUGCGUUGGCAAAGAGAGUUGUGUGAUUGAUGCAUCCGAAUUCACUUUUCCUAAUAAUUGCAAACUCGUUGGGCAAAGACUUGCUGUUGAAGCUAUUUGUUAGACAAAAUUAUUUUAGGUUUUUUAACUAAUGAUAGUUAGAUGUUUUAGUUUUAGUUUGU